AUGUCUUCAAGCAUGCGGCUCUGGGUUCGACAGACCCAGGCCUUGACCAACAAGAUCUUCCUCAUUACACUUAAGCGACAUCUGCUUUCGACUCUGAUACGGGCCCUCGUCAUUCCGAUUCUAGUUGUCUGUCUGACGUUAGGAAUCCAGAAGUUUACAUCUUCAGGCAACAGGUUCGGCGUCGGCAGCCCGUCACCCGCCGUGACACUAUCCGACGUGAUCCCUAACAACGCGAAACUCUUCUUCAUCCAAUCCGCCGACGCAGGUAGCGAUGUCUCGGCAGCCAUCAAGACCAUCACCGACUCCCUUAAGACGAAGCCUAUCGUCCAGGUCCUACAGAGCGAUGACGAGUUGGAGCAAAAGUGUCCGACAGACAUCAACGGCCGCACAGACUGCUACGCCGCCGUCACCUUCAACGAUUCCCCCCUCAGCAGCAACGGCGCCAAUCAGUGGAACUACACCCUCCGUGUCAGUUCCUCCAAAGUAUCAUCAGGCUUUAAUGUCUUCAACUCCAACAAGGCGGCAAAGAAUCCAUAUGCUCCGCUGCAGCUUGCCGUAGACCAGGCCAUAACCAACUCGACGACCGUUCCCGAUAUGUACACGUAUACGCGGACGACACCAGAAGAUGAUGCCACCCAAAGACGCAAAGACCUCCUCAGCGGUAUUUUUUCAGGGCUCAGUGUCGUGUGUUUCAUUAGCAUGCUCUCUCUCGUCUAUCACAUGGUCGGCAUGAUAGCCGACGAGCGCGAAUCGGGCAUGGCACAGCUCAUAGAUGUCAUGGGAGGUGGUGCUGCUGCCGCUCGCGUCUCGAGCUACCUCAUUGCUUUCAACAUCAUUUAUCUCCCUUCGUUUAUCAUUAUGGGUGGAGUCUUCUCUAGUCUCCUCUUUCCAUCCUCGAGCGCAGGAAUCCCCAUCCUCUGGCAGGUCCUCACUGGCUGGGCCCUUACAAGUUCAUGUGUUUUCGGUGCCACAUUUACCGUUCGAUAUUCCGCUAUCUGCGCUGUCGCCGCCAUCGUUGGCAUGGCUGUCUUUGCCAUGUCGAUGGAUACUUUGAAGUACCCCAUCGACUCUUCAACCGCCAUCGGCUUCUCCAUCGUCUUUCCCAGCUGUAGCUAUAUCAUUGUUCUCAAUCUGAUGGCUCGGUUUGAAAGAAUCGGAAGGCCGAUCGAUAUCUUCGCUUCAGCUCCUAUGAACGGAGUUGACAUGGAGGUUGAAAUGGCCACUAUUGGAACACUCCUUGGAUACCUCGUAUUCACCAUUGUCGCCUUUCCUUUGGCAACCAUCCUUAUCGAGAGGUGGACCCAGGGAAUUAGCAACAAGGGGCGCAAAUUCAGUGGAGGAAACCAGGCAGAUGAUGGGACAGCUCUACAGGUCAAAAGUCUGACGAAAAAAUACAGUGCCCCGCUUUGGAAGCGUAUCUGGUGCUGUUUCUGCUGCGGCCGGAACCGUCCUUUUGUUGCUGUGGACAACCUGGACUUUACAAGUCAGAAGCAACAAAUUCUCUGCCUGCUGGGUAUCAAUGGCUCAGGAAAAACAACAACCAUGGACCUCAUCACGGGAAGGCAGAAACCCGCAAGCGGGGUGAUCGAGAUCAACGCCGCAUCGUCACAGAUUGGUUUCUGCCCGCAACGAAACAUACACUGGGGGGAAUUGACUGUUUUCGAACAUGCCUAUAUUUGGAACAUGAUCAAGGGCGGGUCGGCAACAACGGCAGAGCUGGAACAGCUCGUCGAUUCAUGUGAUCUGAGGCCCAAGAUGAACAGCCAGGUUGCCACCCUGAGUGGAGGGCAAAAGCGCAAGGUGCAACUUGCAUGCAUGCUUGCUGGAGGAAGCACCAUUUGCCUCAUGGACGAGGUGACUACUGGCAUGGUAAGAUCGCUGUCUUGGCACUCAGUAAUCCGAACUAAUCAUAGACAGGACCCCGUCUCUCGACGAGCCAUCUGGAAUAUCGUCCUUGCAGAGCGAUCGAGGCGAUCCAUGAUUCUGACGACACACUUCCUCGAUGAGUGUGAGGUCCUCGCCGACCAGGUUGUGGUCAUCUCGCGCGGCCACCUCAAAUGCCACGGGUCGCCAGCCGAGCUGAAGAACAUCCACGGAGGAGGGUACCGCGUCCGCGUCCCCCAGGUCAACAAUGUUCCGCAGACCAGCUACCCGAUGGCUGUCUAUCAAGGGGAGACGAUCUAUACCGUUCCGGACUCGACAUCUGCCACCAGACUUCUUUCUUCACUCGAGGCUGCUGGACUGUCUGACGUUUUGGUUACCGGCCCAACCAUCGAAGAAGUUUUCCUUCGCGUUGCCAACGAGCCCGAAGCGCUCGAAAAAAGGGGCACAGGCCUGUCUGAUCUCGCACCCUUGACCAUAAGUGGCGAAGCAUUCGACGGCCAGCUAUCCUCCGGCACAAGCACCACGUUCCUGCAGCAGCUCAUGGCACUUACGAUCAAGCGUCUGACCAUAUUGCGAGGCAAUUAUUGGUGGUAUAUCCUGGCCUUAAUCAUUGCCUUGCCAUUUUCGCCAACGUUUACGUCGAUGCUGAAAUCGACAGACAUGGACUUCAACACCGUCCCGUAUGAGCUGCCUUCCUGCAGCGACUUCGAGCCAUCCUUCUUCGAUGAGCCGUCCGCCGUCACUCUAUCGAACUACGGAGACAAGAAACCAGGAGAUGUCUCAAUGGUUGUUGGCCCACAGUCGGCACGAGACAGUGUUUUCCGUGCCGUCGACAAGUUUCCCAUCGGUCGAACGAUAAAUACGACGGACUUUGACUCCAAAUACAUUUUCCUGAAUGGCUACGAUAGUUUCCUAAAGCGUGUCCACGACAAUGCUUCCAGUAUUCUUCUCGGUGCGAUCUACAUGGGCGAUGGAUCUGCGAAACCAACAAUCGCUUACAAUACCGAGCUCGGCUACGACUCACCCGUGACGAUGCAGAGCCUCUGGAACCAGGCACGAAGCGGAGUACCCAUCGAAAUACAGCUCGCAUUUUUCACAACCUCGCUUCCUGUCGAUGCUGAUGCAGGCCAGCUUCCUGCAAUUAUCCGAGCCCUCCAGUACUCCAACAACGUUCGCCCCCGCCCACUCUGGGUCUCCUACAUCAUGGUCGACAUCGUCAUAGUCACCAUCGUCGCCGCGCUCGGCACACUUGCCUUGGCCCUGGAUGUCAAGAAUUGGUACCAUCCGGCCUUCAUAUUCCCGAUCAUGUGGCUCUAUGGCAUCGCAAGCAUGUUGUGGUGUUACAUAAUCUCUCUGUACACGAGGUCGGAGCUGGCCGCCUUUGCUUUUUCCGCUUGCAUCAUGGUUCUUGCGUUUAUCCUAACCAUCGUCGGCUUCUCGCUCGUCAUCGACGCCGUCUCUUAUUCUUUAGGCCUGCUUUUCCCAAUCAUGAACCUCUACCGAGCCUUUGUCGUCGGCCUCAACGUCUGGCUUGUCACUUGCCGCGACUUUAAGCUCAUCGCCAACCCAGGGUCGUUCAGCGCAUACGGCGGUCCCCUCGCUCUCCUCAUCAUCCAGGUGCUCUACUUAUUCCCCCUCCUCCUAUGGCUCGACGGAAAGAACACUUUCUCCAUGCCAUGGGGCAAGAAGAAGCUCGUCGACAAUGAGGAGUCCGUCUCCGGCGCGCCACAGGAUAUCGAAAUGAAGAGCAUGCGAGUAGCCAGUUCGGAAAAGAACCUGCUUUCGGUAGAGCACGUCACAAAGUCGUUCAAAGGCAAGCGCGCCGUUGACGACGUGUCGCUGGCCAUGACCGAGAGCUCAGUGAUCGCACUGCUUGGCCCCAACGGUGCCGGGAAGACGACCCUGACAAACAUGAUGCGCGGCGAGAUGGUGCCUGACUCUGGCCGUAUUUUCGUACAGGGCCUCGAUGUACAACAGGACACGCAGGCUGCGAGGCGGCAUAUUGGCGUCUGCCCACAGUUUGAUGCGCUGGACAAAAUCACGGCCAGGCAGCAGUUGGAGUUUUACGCCCGCAUUAAGGGCAUCAAGGACAUGAAGCGCGAUGUCGAUUUUGUCAUGGCUAGGGUGGGGCUGACGCCGCAUGCCUCUCGUCUCACACAUAAACUGUCUGGCGGCAAUAAGAGGAAACUGAGUCUCGCGAUUGCGCUCCUGGGUAACCCCGAAGUUCUCAUUCUGGACGAGCCGAGCUCUGCAAUGGACGCCAUCGCGAAGCGUGAGAUGUGGAAGAUGCUGUCAUCCAUUACGCCAGGACGUUCCGUUCUCUUGACGGUAUACCUAGCUAUGAGUCUUUUGAGCCAAAGAUUAGAUGCUAACGUUGAUGACAGACACACUCCAUGGAAGAAGCAGACGAGCUUGCGACUCGCGUGGCCAUCAUGUCGAAAACGCGUCCUCGCCAUUGGCACGAGCCAAGAACUCCGCCAGCGCUACAGCAACGUCUACGAUGUCCAUCUCGUCCUGGCCACAGCGCCAGGCUCCACACGCAGCGAGAUGCACAACAUUGAGUCGUGGGUGCAACAGGUAUUCCCGGAGGCAUCCUUCGACGCGGCCAGCCUUGGUGGACAGGUGCGGUUUGUCAUGCCCGUCGGGGCCGGGCCUUCGCCUGAUGGGAGGAGCACGGUGAGAAGGUUGAUGGAGACGCUGGAGGAGCAGAAGGCGGAUCUUGGGCUUGCUCAUUAUACGGUUGGAAUGGGCACUCUGGAGAUGGUGUUCUUAAACAUAAUGAGGAAUAGCGGUGCGGCAGAGGAGGAAGAGCAGAACGGGCCCAACCCAAAAAGAAACGGCUUGAGGCGACUGGUGCCGACAUUCAGGUCGGGUGGACUAUUCUCUUAA